AUGAAGCACAAGAAAAUCACCAGCCAACAGGGAGACGAAAAAUACAGCAGAAUUCUCAGAGAGAAAAGUGCCGCUAUCUCCCCUCCCCUUGGCUGGCUCCCUGGGAGGAGCCCUGUCUUACCCGGCCUGGAGCUCCGGGGAGCUGAUGCCGGCGCGACGGAAGGGCUCUGGAACAAGCAAGGCGCAGGACCAGUAGCAGGACCACCAGCAGCAGCAGCAAGCGGCUUCCUCCAGGACCUGCAGGACCCUGCAUGCAACAGCUACAUGCAAGAUACAUGCAUGAUCGGGGGUGCAAAUACCGUUCCCGUGCGGACGGUGCCUGCAGGAAACAAGUACCGUUUCCGUUCAUGGACACGGAUGGGGGUGGUGGUGGUGCAGGCAGAAGAGGGACAGGAGUCUGGUAGCUGCUCCACUAAUGAGGCUCUCUCGUCAGGGAGUGAUUUGCCUGGAGUAGGUUCCUCUGGCUCGCUCGCUCUGUUUUUCGCGGAUACGUCGUAUGUAGGAGGUAUCGAGUCCAACUUACUCGCACUGCAUAAGGUCAGUAGAUGCAGCCUCCAGAACCAGACGGACAGGUCUGUCUCCCUCGGCCAACUUAUACACCAGAGCAGCAGCGUCAAUCCUGUUCGCGCUCUCCAGGCACAAGCACAACAGCAACACGACACCCAAGCCCUCUUCAUCUCAUCUCAUCUCAUCUCAUACACCUCUCGGGUCUCCACACCUCACUCACACACCUCACACACCUACUACUACUACCUACUUACACACUUGCUCACGCUCACUCUCACCCUCCGUCCGUUCCUUUUUUCCUCCCUGUGCUGGCCCGAAUACGGCACACACCCCAUUAUCCACACAGUUUCUCGCACCAGCGUCAGAUACACAUUUGGCCCUUCCACCUCCUCGAUCCCGCCCUUGCUAACAAACAUGCCCUCUGCAGAAGCUCACCUUCACACCACCAGCAAAAUGAUUGAGUCCUGCUCCAAGCCCACCAACUUCGGCCGUGGCGCCUACGACACCACUGGCCUCCCCAAGCCUCCUCCUCCUCAGCCUCAGUAA